AUGUCUCACUGCCUGCAGAAGGGGGAGAACAUCGCCCUUGUGCUAAAGGACGUGGGAGUGCUGGUCAUUGAAGGCACAAGGGUGCAAAUGAAAUUUUAUUAUGAUUUCCUAGAGAGGUUUUCUGGGAAGGAGAACCUGGAGGAGGCCAUUUUCAAGAUCCCCUGGCUGAUGGACAUGAUUGUAUCCCCGGUGACAGCCGUGGCCUCUCUGACGUUCUUAGGACGUGUGAUUAUCUUUCCUGAAUACGUGAUGGAGACAAUGCCCAGACCACCACCCAGGAAACUCAUCAAGGAUUCAGGAAAAGAGAGUUUGCCACCUCUGGAUCAGGGAGAGGAAGAAAAUGAACUCCUGCGGCUCCAGAGAGCAAUGAUGAUGGAGAGGUGGAAGUAUCAGUUCAGUCAUAUGCCAACGGAGCCAGAGGCAUCUCCUACCAAAAAGCAGCCUGGUUCCAGAAAAAUCCAGGCUGAAAAACCUCAGAAGUUCAGAGAAGGAAGAGGAAAGACGACAGCUCCGCAUGCCGGUGGAGCCGGUGGAUGGCUUGGAACAGCCAAAGCAAUGCCUUCAUACCGGUGCGGAGCCCCAGUUCUGAACCCUGAACACAACUACAGCGUGUUCAGACCGCAACCACCAGGAGCGGAGUCAUCGCAAUUACUGAAGUCGAGGCCUGAGAAGUUCUGGUCCAUGCUGCAACAACCGCAGAAGACCACGUUGUCGGGACACAACUUCAACAUCUCCCAUCUGCAUCCAUUCCCAUACAAGGCAUCCAGCUCAGUGCGGUGCCGCCUACCCAGAGCAGGGCUCCCCAGCCUGGGGAGGCCCAGGCCACUGUGAUCAGGGCUUUGGGUGCCCAGAGCGCAGGCAGCAAAUCAGGUGUGUAAUUCCCACCGGGGUCAUACUGGAAUGCCAUCCCUUUGCAUAAAGGCAGACUUAUAGAGACAGUGGAGUCGCUUUAGUGACCCUCUAAUUCUGACUGAUUCCAGUUACUUGUUUUCCAGCGUUGUGCUCUUUUCACACCCAACACACCGAGGCCCAUGAUUUGGCAGCAUUUGGAAGACCUAGAUAAGCAUGAGGCGGCUCUGGGCCAGAGAGGAGAAUGUUUCUUGCCAGCUCAUUGCUCCUUCAGAUCCCUGGUGGGAAGGGAAAGGCUUUUUGGGUGGUCUGGCAUAGCUUAGAAGCAAAACGAUGCUGCUGGACACGUCCUAGGCAAGGGGUAAAGAGGGAUAGAAAAAUGGCUGCUUUUCCCUCUGUGUCCUGACCUGAAGCCACCGCUGGGGUCUGCAUGUGGGCAAAGAGCUCCCAGAACCUGCACUAUUGUUCGGGAAGACUUUCUCUUCUAUUACCAAAAUCCAUCUGUCUUCAGAACACAUGGAAAUGGAUGAAAAAUAAUAAAACAAAUUUGACUUACAGAAGAUGGUGGCGUUUUCAUUUGUUCCCAGUGUUCCUUCUCAGGAAUGGGGAUGGAAGGUUUCACAGUUGGGCUGCGGCUCUGAAAUGAGCCCAAUGUGCAGCUGGAAGCGGGGCUGUCUCAGGCAAUCCUCUGGGGCGUUUUCCAUCACAGACAGCUUUCCUAUGGCCUCCACGGAAAGCAGCACCCCGUGUUUGGGGUGUCAGACAGAAGCAGGGUCUCAGAGGGAGCCGACCACAAACAAAAUGCUGCUCUCUAUUGUACAGCCCAAGCAGCUGAGUGUACAGGAGCUCCUGGCCCCAUGCACUCUAGUUGCAAGAGUGAAAAAUAUCUGAAUGAUGGUUUGUUUUUUUUCUGUUUGUUUUGACAAGUAAAUUCUGUGUUCCCUGUACGCUUAUGGCCUUUGACAGCAAUUUAACACCAUUAAUUUUGAAUUUUCCGCUUAGGUACCGCCUCCUCAUUUACCUUAGCCUGACUUCAGUGAAUGAUUGAUUCCAUUCCCAAGACAAUGCACUCUUUCGCAGGGACUCCAAAACGAUUCCUGUACAGCACACUUCUAUAAAGUAUCCACUGAAGCUGUCUGAGACAUUGCAAGGGUCUUCUAACUUUGGGUAAACACGUGCUAAUGCAGAGGAAGGCGCCCUUUCUCGAAGGUCUCCUCAGAAACUCUUCAUCUGGACUUCAUCUGGAUUCGCUUCCCCUCCUCUAUGAAGCCAGACAAGUAUAAUUUUUUGUAUUGCCUUUUAUAUUCACGGUAUUGGCUAAACUGCGGAUAGCUGCAAAUGUGGUUACCCGUACUCCACACUGGUCCUCAGUUUCUUCAGGCAAUCUUCAUAACAUCAGCUUUUGUUCUUUACGCUUCAAGUGGCUCUCGUAGCCCUCUGUGAUUCUCUCUACCUUAUCUCUGCAUGUUCUCCAACCAGGUGCCAAACACUCUGUAACCUUGACGCAGUUUGCUAAAACCUGAGACCUCUUCUUGCUUACUGCUACUCCUUCCUGCCUCUUGAAUUCCCCAUGGAUACUGGAAGCAGCAUUGUCAGCUGGUUUGCUGCUGGGACAUGGCUCCUUCCCACCUGCAGCCUCACCAGAUGGUGAGCUCAAGUCACAGCCAGCUCUCCUCAUUCUCCAGUGAGCCGGACGGUGCUACUCAGGAGCAAAUCUUGAACAACUGGCAAACUAAUUCAAUUCUUACUGCUGCUUUUAACAUUAUUGCUUCUUGAAUGAUUUCCAAGCCUUUUGCUAUUCCUUUCAACUCCAAAACAGAUGGAAAUCACACUAACAACAACACGCCUGAAGAAAAGGCCAUACUCGCAGCUGUACAGAGAAACUUUGAGAAAGCUGUGUGGUUCCUGAGCUUGAACACACUUCCUACUGUACUAGGCCAAUUCCAUACCCUUCAGACCUGGCAGAAAUCAGCUUGGGAGGCAGCCUGGCCCAUCAAUAUCUGGGUUUACCAGCCCAGGCUCUUACUUUUUGCAAUAAAAGGGCUCUGAGCUACAGCCUUGAAGGCUUUCCAGCCUUCUAUCAGAUCUCUGUUUCUGUUAAGCAGCUGUUAGCUUCCUGUAUGGGCUGGGUAUCCUAAUUACUUGUGAUGUAGGUAUGUUUGCCAGUCUGAAGCCCCCUCCACCUCCUCCACAUUCCUUGCAGUUCUGCACUUGCUGGUGCCUCCAGCAUUGAAACCUUUCAUCUAUAGUUUGAGGAACAAGGAGCUCAGGGAUGUGGUGUUGAAACUGAUGAAUUUUUUCAUGAGCUUCAAACUGCCCAUCUUCAUCUGAAUAUGACACACAAUAAAACAGUCAGAAGGAGCAGUCUCUUUUGUAAUGUAAAAUACUGCAGGAGCAGCCCGUUUUGAUUUGUGCAUUUUUUCUGUAUAUAGAAUUUAGACUGCACAAAGGCUACUUGUUGUCCUGGUGAUGGUUUAGCCUGUCAGGCAGGCCAGCACUGCACAGAUGUUGGCU